AUGUCGUCUACUCUCUCGAGCGAGAUCAGAAAUCAAGGCAAUGAUUUUUUUCGUCGAGCAGGUCGUGCUCUGGCGAGCUCCUCACUUCGAGAAGCAAAGGAUCUUUUCGAACAAGCGCUGACUUGCUACUACCGUGCGAAAGACAAAGCGGUAGGUGAUCGAGACGACGAGUGUUCUGCGGCGAAGAACAUCGGUAAGGCAGCUUGGAAGAUAGCUGGAGUACUCAGCAAGCAAGAAGAGAAGCCGAAAACGAUUAUCUUUUAUCUGCAUGAAGCGAUUAAAGGAUUAUGCAUUGCUUACAAUCACAGCGAGGCUUGUAAAGACGCUGAGUGGAGAGAAGAAGUCUUUGAAACGCUCAAUGUUUGUUUACAAGAAGUCCUGAAUGAAGCCGACGCUGUGGGUGAUGUCGAUCAAAGGAUCGCGCAGCUGGAGAAACUAUGUUCUAUAAACACGGUGAUCGAAGCUGCCCCCGACAUUCAAAUCAAUCUGGCUACGCUUUACUUUCAUGACGGUACCACUAAACUACAGAAUGGUGACUACAAGAAAUGUCUGAUACGCAUGAAGGAUUGCUACCGACCCAUUGAAGAAGUCAAGCGCCUGUGUCGUUACGCGGGCGUCACGCGUGCUACACACGAGAUGUUGACGGAAGCGCGGACGCUAGAGCAAGAUGUAUUUUACCAUACCUGUUCGGCCUCGUCGAUUCAAGCGCGCGUGCAAGGAGACCAGCUUCUACAAGUGGCUCUGCAAGAACAAGAAGACCUCGACAUGAAUUUAGUUUUUGAAGUUAUUGACUGGUACAAACAAGCUGUUGUCCUCUCGAGAGAAGUUGACAUAGAGCAGGAAGCCAUUGCUGAAAGUCGCCUUGGUGUGGUGUAUGACAAGGUACUGAAGUUAACGCUUCGAGCAAAGGCGUACUUCACCCAUAGCUUCGAGCUAGCCGAGUCCCUGAAGCCUCGAGUCUUCACCUCGCAGACGUGGUUCAAAGAUUGCACUAGUGCGCUGAAGAGAUACCAAGAUGAAGCUCGGGCAAGAGAUGAGCAAGAAAAACAAAAACAGCGAGCCAAGUUUAUGGAAGAACUACGCGAGGAACUGGAAGAUAUACGAGCUUAUAAAUCAAGGGCGAUUCCUCUAAUUAAGCACUUGUACCUCAACUAUCCUCCCAAAACGUUAACAUGGAAAAAACCAAGUGACGAAGAGAUGAAAAAGUGGGAAUCGGUGGAAAAAAAGUCAAAAGAGUACAAGAAGCUUCUGGUGAAAGCUCUGAGUGUUUAUCACCCCGAUAAAGUGGAUGAAAACCAGCAUGGAAAGAAGUGGAAAGUCUUGUGUGAAGAGAUCACAAAAAUGCUGACUUUUCACUAUGAAGGCACCAAGAACAUCAACGACAGUCAGUAA